CACUCUUUCUCGUCUUCUACGAAGAGACAGAACGAAAUUCAAAUCGGAGGAACUCAGGUGAUAUGGGUCGCAAAAAGGGAGUAUUCUUCAGUGACGAGGGUGCCCCGGAUGACUUCGACCCGGAUAAUCCUUACAAGGACCCGGUGGCCAUGCUGGAGAUGAGGGAGCAUUUGGUGAGGGAGAAGUGGAUCGACAUCGAGAAGGCCAAGAUUCUCAGAGAGAAAGUGAAGUGGUGUUACCGUGUAGAGGGAGUCAAUCACCUACAGAAGUGCCGCCACCUCGUUCAACAGUACCUCGACGCCACUCGAGGCGUCGGCUGGGGCAAGGAUCACCGCCCUCAUUCCCUCCACGGUCCAAAGGUGGAGACUGAGGCUGAGGCUGAGGCCGAAUGAGCGACUGAUUAACUGAGCUUUGAAUCCGAAUAAUUUGAGGUGAUCGAAUUCAGGCAGCCGGCAAAUCGAACAGUCUAUUGAGCUCUUUUGCUUCAGUUAAGACUUUUGUUAUCGAGAUUAUGUCUUUAUUUUCAUUCAGACGUAGAGGCCAACGGUCGGCUGAUUUGGUUUUCAUAGUUGUUUUCUUUUCUUCAUGUUUGAAACUGCUGGUGACCUCAUACGAGCAAUGCACAUAUCAAAAUGAUGCAAUAAGUUGCUUUAUAUCCGGGACUUAUACUGUGCUGCAUUCUUUAUUGAGUGCAAAAUUAGUGCUGCAUUCUUUAUCGAACGCAAAAUUAACAUUUUUUCAUCAAAUUUGUGAGGCAAAAUUACUGAUGAAA